AUUUCGGGCCAAGACUUUCAAAAAUGAACACCGUGCGGAGACUAAGUUUGUGUCAACUGAGAUCGGCGGGCGGAGUCAUUCGGCUGUACUCCGGCAAGGAUCAGCCGACGGAUCCGAGCAAGGGGAAGCCGCAGGAGAAGCCCAAGGAAGUGGCGAAGGAGAAGCCCAAGGAGCAGCCCGCGGGGCAAGACAAGGGAAAGGCAGCGGGCCAGGACAAAGGCAAGACAGCGGGGUCACCGCCCGCCAAGAAGGUCGCCAGAGUGACCAUGAUCAACGGCGAGGGCGUGGGUCCCGAGCUGAUGGAGGCCGUCCAGGAGGUUUUCUGCGCCGCGAAGGCGCCCAUCGAGUGGGACAUUCACGAGGAGUACAUGGCCCCGGACAGCAUGGAGGUGGCGAGCGCGGUGCUGGAGUCGCUGAGGGCCAACAAGGUGGGCAUCAAGGGGCCGGUGGACAGUCGCCAGUGGCAGCGGCACAUCCGCAAGCAGUUCGCCCAGUUCGCCUACGUGUCCCUGUGCUCGCAGAUCGAGGGACUGGAGACGCCCUACGGGGCCUUCGACGUGGUGAUCAUCCGGGACCAGAUGGAGGGCGACUACUCGGGCAUUGAGCACCGGGUGGUGCCGGGCAUCGUGCAGACCAUCAAGGUGAGCACCACAGCCGGCGCCUCCCGGAUUGCCCAGUUCGUGUUCGACUACGCGAAGAAGCACGGCCGCAAGAAGAUCACGGUGGCCCACAAGGCGAACAUCAUGCGGAUGACCGACGGCAACUUCCUGGAGGCCAUGCGGGCCGAGGCCGAAAAGUACGUGAAGGACAUCAAGUUCGAGGAGCGCUACCUGGACACCUGCAUCCUGAACAUGCUGCUGCGCUCGAAACAGUGCGAUGUCAUGGUCUCCUCCAGCAUGUACGGCGACGUGAUGCGGAUCCUCGCCGGCGGCAUGAUGGGCGGCUCGGGGAUCUGCCCCGGCUACUCGGUCAGCUCCCUGGGCACCCUGUUCGACUGCCGCAUGAAGGCGUGCCCCGCCCUGGCGGGCAAGGACCUGGCCAACCCCACCGGGCCCCUGCUCAGCGCCGUCCUCCUGCUGCGCCACCUCAAGCUGGACGACCUCGCCGACCGGGUGGAGUGCGCCGUUCGCGGGGUCUACAAGGACACCGACAUCCGCACCCAGGACUUGGGCGGCUGCAGCAAGUGCUCCGAGUUCGUCAGGGCCGUCUGCGAACGCCUGGAAGAGAAUGGUGCAUAGGUGACCUAUGCUAGGGUGAAGCACUCACAAAACUUACUAACAACUCAUUUUUUUAUUAAGGAAUAUAUGUUCAAAAUCCAAUACAGUUUUGAAUUGUUUAAUUGAAAUUAAAUUGUUCAACGAAGAAUAUAUAUUUUAAAUCAAACUAA